CGUCAUCAAACUGCGACGCAGACGCACUGCAGUGGGCAACUUUAAUGCAUUAUGAGUUUGUUUGGAACAACCUCCGGUUUUGGAACAGGGGGGACAGGUGUUUUUGGAAGCACCACAGCUGACAGUCAUAAUCCCAUGAAGGAUGUGGAAGUGACCUCUCCUCCAGAUGACAGCAUUAGCUGCUUGGCUUUCAGUCCUCCAACCAUGCCAGGAAACUUUCUUAUUGCAGGAUCCUGGGCAAAUGAUGUCCGAUGUUGGGAGGUGCAGGACAACGGACAGACCGUCCCUAAAGCCCAGCAGAUGCACACAGGUCCGGUGCUGGAUGUCUGCUGGAGCGAUGAUGGAAGUAAAGUGUUCACUGCUUCGUGUGACAAGACGGCUAAGAUGUGGGAUCUGAACAGCAAUCAAGCAAUGCAGAUUGCACAGCAUGAAGGUCCCAUUAAAUCAAUCCACUGGAUAAAAGCUCCAAACUACAGCUGUGUGAUGACUGGCAGCUGGGAUAAAACUCUGAAGUUUUGGGACACCCGCUCUCCCAACCCCAUGAUGUCCCUGCAGAUGCCUGAGAGAUGCUACUGCGCCGAUGUUGUGUACCCCAUGGCAGUGGUAGCCACAGCUGAAAGAGGCCUUAUAGUGUACCAGUUAGAGAACCAACCCUCUGAGUUUCGCAGAAUAGACUCCCCUCUCAAACAUCAGCACCGCUGUGUUGCCAUAUUUAAGGACAAGCAGAACAAGCCAACAGGUUUUGCACUGGGAAGCAUUGAGGGCAGAGUGGCGAUCCACUACAUCAAUCCCCCAAACCCAGCCAAAGAUAACUUCACCUUCAAGUGCCACAGGUCCAAUGGAACCAACACAACCACUCCACAGGACAUUUAUGCUGUCAAUGCCAUCUCCUUCCAUCCUGUGCAUGGCACAUUGGCCACUGUGGGCUCAGACGGACGCUUCAGCUUCUGGGACAAAGACGCCCGCACCAAGCUGAAGACCUCCGAGCAGCUUGACCAGCCCAUCACGGCUUGCUGCUUCAACAACAAUGGCAACAUCUUUGCAUACGCUUCAAGCUACGACUGGUCAAAGGGCCAUGAGUACUACAACCCCCAGAAAAAGAACUACAUCUUUCUGAGGAACGCUGCUGAAGAGCUGAAGCCUCGGAACAAGAAAUGAUUCAUCGUGCCAAUCGCACCUCUUGUGGGGAAUUGCGGGAGACCUGCUGCUUUAGUGUGCGUGUAUGCGUUCAAGACUUACCCCCUUCCUUGCGACAGAAGUCUGGACCAAUGCUGUGGCUUUCUGGUGCCGUGCAUGGACCAAUCAGAGGGGGCCAACCCAUGUUGAUGUUGCAUGAUAGUUGGCCUUUGAGGUCCUCAUGGAGGGGGGGUGGGUUAAUAUGUUAUUGAUAUUAAUUUCUCUUUCCUAUUUGCCAGGUUCAAAGUAUCAAGGUUGUACCUUUUUUUCCCCCCUUUUUUAUUUUCACAACUUCAAAUAUUUUCCAUUUUCUUGUAACUUGUUACUUAUUGUUUCAUUAAAGAUAAAGAUGUAAAAUAAAUAAGUGCGCACUG